AUGCAAGUGUGCAUUUUAACAUUUCCCGAUUCAACAAAACGGUCCAAACCAAACCUCACCAAACCUCAGCGUUGUCCGUCACGAGACGACUCACCACCACCAUCCGAAAUCGAAAUGGCGAAGAAUCCAAUCAGCAGCGCCCUCAUCUCGGCGGUGGUAGUUCUGUUUCUGUUCACAUCGGCGCUCGCGAGCUCUGACUCGCCCUUCAUCGUCUCCCACAAGAAGGCCUCCCUCAACAGGCUCAAGUCCGGCGCUGAGCGCGUCUCUGUUUCCAUCGAUAUCUACAAUCAAGGAUCUUCAACUGCUUAUGAUGUAAGCUUGAGUGAUGAGAGCUGGCCUCAAGAUAUCUUCGAUGUUGUCAAUGGUAACACUUCCAAGUCAUGGGAAAGGCUGGAUGCAGGUGGCAUUAUAUCCCACUCUUUUGAAUUGGAGGCCAAAGAAAAAGGAAUAUUUAAUGGUGCACCAGCUCUUAUUACAUUCCGCAUUCCCACAAAGGCCGCUCUACAGGAGUCUUAUUCAACUCCAAUUCUGCCUCUAGAUGUUCUUGCAGACAGGCCUCCUGAGAACAAGUUUGACUCGGUUAAGAGGCUGCUGGCAAAGUAUGGGUCUCUGAUCUCUGUGUUGUCCAUUGUGGUUCUAUUUGUGUACUUGGUUGCUAGUCCAUCCAAAUCCGGUGCUGCAAAAGGAGGCAAGAAGAGGCGCUAA